AUGAUAAAACACAGCACGGUUUCAUCAACAGAUGCGGUUGAAACCAAGAGACACCGACGAGACAAAAGAAAUUCCCCAAGCGCCGUAGAGGUGCAAGCCGAAAGCACCAGCGCUUGCGCUUGCCGACCAAAGCACAUCCAUCGCUCUGGAUACCGUGGCGUUUGUCUUGAAAGCUCCAAGCCAGGCAAGAGGCUUGUUUCGUUUGGGCGCAGCAUGCUUGAGAUUCCGGGGUACUACUACGACGAGGCCAGGAAAAAGUACUUCAAGAUCGAAAAGGCCCAGACGGCCCCCUCGCAGGCAUCGUGGUCCGCCGACGCCGUCAAGCGGCGCAAGCUGCAAGAUUCGUCCGACAAGGAGGCCCGUCGGAGGACCCAGCUCGUCAAGCGCCACAUCAAGAGACCCGCGCUCGGGGCCCACGUCGCCCUGGCCGGGCUGCUGAACCGGGAGACCGAGCCCGAGCGCGGCCCGGAAGACGGCCGACGCAGACCGUGGGACGAGGACGUCGGGGCGGCCGCCUGGGCGGGCGGGCUGCAGGACAAGGCUGGCAUCGCCUUUGCGCCCGGCCCAGCGCCGGCGAGGGCUGCCAACAUGCCCUGCUUGUGGGUGGGCGGCGAGGUAGCGUAUGCCACGCUGGACGAGGAGACGCUUGUCGGGGCGUACACAAGUACAGAUGAGAACGAUCGGUUGUUGACCUUUGGCCGGGACGACGGGCUGCUUGCCGACGAGCCGUGGCGGAGCCCCCGGCUUCGGGCGGAAAUGAUUCGGUGUCCGCAAAUGUCGUCGAUCGCGUACCACGAGCCGACGCACAGGAUGCUGCUGACGUCGCGGGAGCCCGAGCACAGCUGCGGGCUGUAUCUCUUUUCGCCGCCGACCGAAGGCGGCGCGGGCGGGGCCAGAGGCCGAUGGCUCCUCGGCGAGGCCACCCACUACCAGCGACUGUCCAUCCGCCACCGCCUCCGCGACGAGUGGCACGUCCACAAGUGCACCCCCGCGCCGCCGUCCUCCAACCUCCUCUGCGUCGUCGGCACCGACGCCGGCAUCCUCACCGUGCGCGCCGACGAGACCGUGGCCUGGGCCGGGCCCGCCCCCGGACCAUCCCUGCCCGCCGGGGACGCCCGCCCGCUGCCGCGCGACAUCUUCGACCAGGACUUCCAGACGUCCAACCCCAGCGUGCUCCUCGCCGGGGGCCGCCAGCCGCGCCUGUGGAUCGCCGACCUGCGCGCCCCCCCGCCCUCCUCCUCCUCCUCCUCCGCCGCUGCCGGCGGCGGCGGCGGCUGGACGCACGUCCGGCUCGCCAGCUCCGUCGCCCACCUCCGGAGCGUCAACCCCCACCAGGUCCUCGUCGCCGGGCUGCAGCACCACAUGGCCCUCUACGACGUGCGCUUCCUGGCCGCCGCCCGGCCCAACGACGGCGCCGCCGCCCCGCUGCUCACCUUUGCCGGGUACCGCAACGCCGCCCACUUCCACACCGGCUGGGACGUGUCGACCGAGCUCGGCGCCGUCGCCGCCGCCCACGACGACGGCACCGUCCGCCUCUUCUCCCUGCGCUCGGGGCGGAGGCUGCGCAGCGCCGCGCUCGACCGCGUCCAGGCGCGUGCGCCCCUCAAGGCCCUCAUGUUCCAAACCGCCGCGCGGGAGAGACUGCCCAGCCUGUGGCUGGGACACGGCCACGUCUUGAAAAAGUACUCCUUUGGGGUGGCCGACCUCGACGACGAGGCGUAG